UUCGAGUCCCUUUUUUUUCCCUCCAUUUUAUUUUAUUUCUCUCUUUACUAGCAAAGACCUCCUGGUUGUGAACGAAUUCUUAUUCUUUUCUUUUCUUCUCAAGUCUUCUUCAUCUCGUGCUUUUACAUUAUUCUUCACAGACUGAUCCGUAUCGCGAACCCCCCCAGCGAGAGAUUUCGAAUUUAUUUAUCCUCGCUUACCACCCUGCACGCGCAUCACAGUCCUGUCCUCGUGUUCGCCGUUACUGAUAAUCAUUCAAUUACAGGAGGAGUAUCCUUUCUUUCUUCCGAACGACCCUCUCUCACACCCCUACUCACAACACUUCAAGAUGUCUGACGAGCAAAAGCCCGUUGCCCAGCCCAAUGCUGAGGCCGAGAAGGAUGUCCAAAACGUUCUGGCCGAGCUGAAGGGCGAGAGCAGCGAGGCUACUGCUCCCGCCACCGAGGAGAAGAUGCAGGUCGACGAGGCCGCCGAGGAGGCCCGUAUCGUGGAGGCGGCCGCCAAGCUGGGCGAGAAGUCCGCGCAAGCCGAGGAGCAGAAGCAGGAGGCCAAGAAGCAAGAGCAGCAGCAGCAACAGGGUCGUGGUGGCCGUCCCAAUUACCGCAACAACGUCAAGUUCGACCCCUCCAGCCAGGAGGUGACCAGCGACCCUGUGCAGAUCCGCAAGCAGGUCGAAUUCUACUUCUCCGACUCCAACCUCCCCAUGGACAAGUUCCUGCUGUCCAAGGUCGGCGGCAGCAGCAACCGUCCCGUCUCCCUCGAGCUCCUCCACUCGUUCAAGCGCAUGCGCCGCUUCCAGCCCUUCAGCGCCAUUGUCGAGGCCAUCAAGUCGUCCGAGACCCUCGAGCUCACCGACAACGACACCUGCGUGCGCCGCAAGACCCCGCUCCCCGAGACCGUGACCGAGAACCACAACCCCACCGUGGUCCGCGUGUUCGAGGACAAGGCCAUGAACCGCAGCGUCUACGCCAAGGGAUUCGGCGAGGAGGGCCCUACAACCCAGCUCGAGAUUGAGGAAUUCUUUGCCCCCUAUGGCCCCGUCAACGCCAUCCGUCUCCGCCGCGCCUUCGACAAGACAUUCAAGGGCAGUGUCUUUGUCGAGUUCGAGUCCGAGGAGAAGCAGCAGGCCUUCCUCGCCCUGGACCCCAAGCCCAAGUGGAAGGACCAGGACCUGCUCAUUAAGAGCAAGAAGGACUACUGUGAGGAGAAGGCCCGCGAGAUCGAGGCCGGCCGCAUCAAGCCCAGCGGCGGCCGUGGACGUGGUGGUCACCGCGGUGGGCGCGGCCGUGGUGGCAACCGUGGCGGACGCGGAGAUAACAAGCGCGGCGACUGGAGAGAUCGUCGCGCCGCUGACCAGAAGAAUGGAUCCAGCGAGAAGAAGGAAGAGCCCAAGGAGAUUCAGAAGGAUGCUCGCGGUGUCCCCGUUGUCCAGAGCACCACCGACGAGUCCUCCGGCCAGAAGCGCGCCCGUGAGGAAGACGGUGCCAAUGGCGACCACCCCGCCAAGAAGGUGGAUGCCAAGCAGGAGUAAAAGAAGUCAACAUCUUCCAAAAACAAAAUUCAACAUCAGGGAAAACACUGACACCUCUUUUUCCCUUUUUUAUUUCUUAUUUUCAUGAAAGGUGGGAUGGGAUCAAAAACAAAAAGCAUGGCCUGGCUCGAAAUUUUUUCUCCUUGAUUUAGAAAGAAGACCAUACCAUAAUGGCGUUGUAUAUUUACCCCCUAUUUAUUUUUCUUUGCUGCUUGUUAUACUUUAGCUUUUUUUCCAAAUGGACUUGGGUUCCCAGACAUG